UUAAUUCACUAAUCAUUCCAAAACUCUCCUGGAAGUUAUCUCUCACCUCUUCCUCCGAGUCUUUCUCUCUCUUUUUCUCUCUCUAGGUUCAAGAAACAGAGAUCGUCAAAGAGAUUCAAGAAACAGCAGAGACCAUCAAACGAAAGCAAAGAAGCGAGCGCAGCCAUGAAUUCCAUCUUCAGCUCCUUCGACUUCCUCUGCGCCGAGCUCUUCGGCCUGAAGGUGAAGGCCCAACUCCCCCCGGCAGCCAGAGUCGUCGGCGGCGGCGGCGAUCCCUCGCCGCUCCAGCGCGGGACAAGGGCGCCCGAUGUUCCGAGGACGGAAAGCAAGAGCGAGAGCGCUGCUGCAGAGCAGAAGGUGGGGAAGCAGGGGAACGAGAGCUUCCCGCGUUUCGCUCUGGAGCUCGACGGGAUCCACUGCUUCGAGACCAUCGUCUCUCACUGAGAAUCAUCAUCACCAUCAUCAUCAUCAUCAUCACCAUCACCACCACCAUCAUCAUCAUCAUCAUCAUCAUCAUCAUCUGCAGUUCGUGACGGGGAAGUUUGGGUUCAUCGCCGAAACAGGGGGGGAUUCUUUUGCCUUUUUUUCUUUUCGGGCGUUCGUGAUUUGAAUUGCGUAACGGUGGGGCUGACUGCACAACUCUUGCGGUGCAAGAUUUGCAGCAAUUUCUUUUGUUUCAGUAACAGUAACCGAUUAUUUCCUUCUUUCUUUUCUUUAGAAGUAGCCGAUGAUGCCUUUGGUAACUGCCAAGUGAUGAUUUCCCCAUGAAUAGAUACAUUACUCUAACCUUCUUUUUAUGUAA